AUGAUACUGCACUUUCAAGAUCAAUAUGAACAAAACUUUCCAUCAACACUGGAGGGAUUUGGAUAUAAAUUUGAUGAAGAUGGUGAAUUGAGAAAUAUAAACUCGAAUAGCCCAUUUGUAUUUGAUGUCUCAAGCAGUGGAAGCUAUAAUCAGAAACGCUAUGAAGCUCUCGGAGAAGUAAUUGAAAAGUAUGUUUACGAACUUCUUGUUAAAGAUUGCCAUCUGGAAAAGAUUACCUUACCGGUUGAUCACAAGAAAGACGAACCCACGAACUUCAUUUUCGUUAGCGACGAUGCUAAGACUAAUCGAGAGAAAUUAAUGAUUCUGAUUCAUGGCUCUGGCGUAGUUCGAGCUGGUCAAUGGGCAAGACGCCUAAUCAUCAAUGAUAGUCUCGAGAGUGGCACUCAAAUUCCAUAUAUAAAAAGAGCGCAGCAGGUUUGCAAUAGCUAUAAAACAAGUUUUGACUUAUCCAUUUUUAACAAAUAUCAUAAAGUUACUAUAUUAUAA